AUGGUUGUCCUGGACCAUGAGACCAUCCGGUCUAUGGUGCCCGGUCGCUUCUUCCGCGACCACAAGGGUCCCAUAAACUCCCUGGACUUUCACCCCACCGAUGACGUGAUGGUCACCGUCGGCGACGACGACACCAUCCAGAUGUACCGCACCAGUAGCGGCGAGCUCAUAAAGACGCUGUACUCCAAGAAGUACGGGUGCUCGUGCGUCACCUUCACGCACGCGUCGCAGGCGGUGCUCUACGCCUCGAAGGACCCGAAGAAAGACCACGCGCUUCGCUAUCACUCCCUGUACAACAACGAGUACAUCAGGUACUUCAUGGGGCACACCGCGCAGGUUGUCAACGUCAGCAUGGACGCCGUCACCGACGAGUUCCUCACCGCGUCCGCCGACGGGACCGUGCGUCUGUGGGACCUUCGAACCCCCGCGUGCAACGGCGUGAUCCGGUGCGCCACCACGCCGUGCGUGGCGUCCGACCUGCAGGGCCUCAUCUUCGCGGCGGCUACGGAUGACGGCGAGCUAAAACUCUACGACGCUCGCAAGUACGGCCAGGGUCCCUUCAUCGAUUUCCAGGUUGGAUCCGUGGACCCGGGCACGGGGAAGAGGCCGCGCGUGACGUGCGCCAAGUUCUCCCCCGACGGUGAGGGGCUGUUGUGCGUCGCGGGCGGUACCAUGUACAUCAUCGACGCGUUCAAGGGUGACGAGCUCAUGCGAAUCAACGACGCCGCCGGCGCGACGGGGAACAACCUCGAGGCGUGCUGGACCCCGGACAACAAGUGCCUGCUGUCGGGCGGCGCGGACUCGCGGGUGCACGUGUGGAGCGCGGUGAACGGGAGCAAGGUUGCGACGUGGGGGGCUCGGCACGCGGGGAUCCCGAGCUCGGUGCGGUGGGCGCCGGGGAUGAUGCUCGCGGCGUCGGCGUGCACGGAGGGGGGUUGCGCGCUCUGGAUUCCCAAGGCGGGCGGGGGGCAGUGA